GCAACUUUCUGGAUCCCGUUGGCAGGUCGUGGAAUCUGUGUGGACCAUCCCACCCCGCCCCGCCAGGUUGGACCCUGCUGCUGCUGCUGCUGCUGGAGGUGGUGACCGUGGCCGUGGAAAUCUGUCCUGAUUGACGGAAGGCUGAGUCUGAGUGUGCUGCUGUAUAGUAAAAGGAUACUCUCCAGGACAAUUUGUUGCUUCUGGCUUCUGGUCUCGGCUUACAAGCAAUCUACGGGAGGGGUGGUGGUGGACGGAUUUGGGGUGAGAAAGGGCCAAUAGGCCGCUGUGGGGAUGCUGCUGUUUUUCCAAGGGGGGUCGUGAGGUGAGGUGGUGGAAAAGUGAGUGAAUUUCUAAAAAUAGUUAGUGCGAGUCCGGCGGACCGAAGACGACGGUGAAGGAUAUCAGGGACCACCCAGGACGGAGCAAAUGAAAAACACAUUAGUGAGAAGAAUGAAGUCAACAUCAAAGCUGAGAAGCCGAUUCCGGAGCAAGUGCUGGCAGUGAUACGAACAAGAGGAUAAAACGGUAGAAAUUCUGGGGAAAAUCGUUAAAAGAAGGAUGAUGAUUCAGCCGAAAAAGCGGCCCUCAACCCACGUCGACAUCCCCUGGAAAACACACAUUCACGUGUGUGGGAAAGGUGUUUGAUCAUAAAUCCAGCAAAAGUGGCGAAGGAAAAAUUGCGGAUUUCCCACGCCGUCGGGAAAGUGCUUUUCCUAACGAGUUAAAGUGACAUCUUCAGCGCCAAGCCGAGCUCAACUGGUGGUGGUGGUGGCACGCGAUUAAAGUGAUUUUCUUCCUCCUUUUCUAGCAGCAGUAGUAGUAGAGUUUGUAGUGGUGGGGGUGGUGGAAAACCACCUGUCGAUUGCAAUUAAAAGUGAUUUUAUCAGAACAGUGCGGCGCGGGGCUCACAUUUCCCUUUUUCCGGAGGAGGACCACCGCCAGUAGGAGCUGUUUGGGGUGGGAGGAGAACGGCGCGGAAAACAACCCUGAAUUCAUCAUGGACUAGAGCGGUGCGAGAUUAGCAUGAACUAGUUCAACCAUAAUUAAUCUCCGUAACCAAGUACUUCGCUAGGCGGUAAAACUUACAUAAUCCCUUCGAGGGGGCUGAAACAACGUGAUAACCGGGGAAACCAUGUAUCAUAUCAAUACGGUUUAAACAACAAGUGACGAUAAAAAAAACCUGAAUCUCACUCCAAACAGGCAAAGUAAAUAAUAACUAAAGGGGGGUGGUGGUUCUGCACGCAUCAGGUGCCCACACACAGGUGGUUCAACGCGGCGCGGGAUGGCAAUUACGGGAUUGAGUAAUUGAGUCGUCCGCCAUUAUUGAUGUCGUGUACGGCGACGUCAACGCGACGUGAAAAGUUUGGAUGAAAGAAGUUUUUUGUGCCAGAACGACGUGUGAAUAAAUUGUGUAACAACAAGGUUCAAGUGUGCAGAGGGGAUCGGUGAACGUAAAACACUCCGUUGGAUAUCACCAAGACGACACCACACGCCCGAGAUGGAGGCAAUUGCCGUUUGGAUGUUCCACAACGUUGGAUGACACGCGUGAAGAAGUCGCAGUCGCGUCGGCAGUGUAAACUCAUCGUAGUCUCGAUAAGCUUCCGCGAAAAGUCGAAUCAAAUUGAAACUCGAGACUCAGCAGUUACUCUGUGAAGAGAGAAGAAAGCUAAUCAGUCGUCCUCGUCGUCGCAUAAAUUUCCGGCGAAAUGUUUGUACGCCAAAUGUGCUGAUUAAUUCGCGAAUCAAUGAACCGUGGCGAGUGAGAUUCAGGUCAAGUGUGAAAGGUUUUUCGGAAAGGAUUAAAGUGAGCGGCGAAAGUUGCUGCUCGACCGACCGACAAUUUAACUCCAGUUGAAACAGCUUGCCAAUGCUCAGCCCCAAGAUGCAGCGAUCCGUUCGCGUCAACGAGCAUCAGCUGAUUAUGCUGUCCGAUCGGGCCCAGUAUGAUCACUCGAUGCAUGGCUACUUGCACAAACGAACAGCGGACAACAACAAAUGGCAGAUGCGGUGGUUCGUCCUGUACCAGAACUUGCUGUUCUACUACGAGUCGGAACAGUCCAGCCGGCCGUCCGGGCUGAUCUUUCUGGAAGGAUGCUACUGCGAACGGCUUGUUUCAGCCCCCUCGUUGUCCGGUCCGCCGAUCAGCAGUGGCGGCGGACAGGGCUCCAAGGCCAUCAAGGAGGAGAAGCUACAGCACUGCUUUACCAUCUGCUACCGUCGAGAAAACCAACGCCAAUACGAACUGCGGGCUUCCACCGAAUCAGAAUGUUCCGCCUGGAUCAUCGCCAUUCGAGAGGCAAGCUUCAACAAGCUCUUGCUGCAAAAGGAGGAACUGGAGCAGAAGCACGUCCACUUGCUGCAGGUCGUCGAAAGUGAGAAGACCGCCAAAUGGCAGUACACUCAGCAGUGCGAAGAGCUCGCAUCCGAAAUACGCAAGCUGAGGGCAGAGAUCUGCGUGCUGCGCAAGGAAACCCGCUCCAGCUACUCGGCCACUCCGGUGGGCCGGGGCAGCUUCAGCAUGCCCGGCGAGAUGCUCAGCCACGACGAUCCGGCCUCCCUGCCGGGGCUGUGCGCGUCCGUGUCCGACUCGAUCGAGCUGCGCAAGAUCAAGAAGGUGCAGAGCUUCUUCCGGGGGUGGCUCUGUCGGCGCCGCUGGAAACAGAUCGUCGAGGAGUACAUCCGGUCACCGCACGCGGAGAGUAUGCGCAAGCGGAACCACCUGGUGUUCAGCAUGGUGGAAGCGGAGGAGGAGUACCUGGAGCAGCUGGAGGUACUCGUGGCAUGCUUUCUUCGGCCGUUCAAGAUGGCGGCCAGUUCCAAGCGUCCACCGUGCUCGCACGAGGACGUCAACUCGAUCUUCCUGAACUCGGAAACGGUACUGUUCCUACAUCAGAUCUUCCUGAAGGGUCUCACCUCGCGGCUGGAGUCGUGGCCCACGUUGGUACUUGGGGAUUUGUUCGACAUGCUGCUGCCGAUGUUGAGCAUCUACCAGGAGUACGUCCGCAAUCACCACUACAGUCUGCAGGUGCUGACCGAGUGCAAGAGCAAUACAAACUUCGCCACGGUGCUGAAACGUCUCGAGGCCAAACCGACCUGCCAAGGCCGUAGCCUCGAGACCUUCCUUACCUAUCCGAUGCACCAAAUCCCGCGCUACAUCAUAACGCUGCACGAGCUGCUCGCCCACACCCCGCACGACCACGUGGAGCGCAAAAGUCUGCAGAACGCGCGCCAACAGCUGGAGGACCUUUCGCGCCAAAUGCACGACGAAGUGUCGGAGACGGAAAAUCUGCGCAAAAAUCUCGCCGUAGAGCGCAUGAUCGUCGAGGGGUGCGACAUUCUGCUCGACGUGAACCAAGUGUUUGUGCGACAAGGAAGUCUCGUGCAAGUUCCACCAGGACGAGGAAGGAUUCGAAGCCGGUUGGCUUCGUUCAAAAGCGAGCGCGACGCUGUGCGGCAGUGCUUCCUGUUUUCGAACCACAUGAUUAUCGCCACCAGAACUUCCGGUGGCCGACUGCACCUGCUCCCGGACGUGGGUAAGAUUCCGCUGGCGGACGCUACCCUCAUCGAGGACCCGAGCGAGGUGCAGGACGAGGACGCUUCGGUAUGUUCGCAAUCAACGCGUGGCAGCACGCUCAGCGUAUCGGAAUCGGUCAACGCCGGCAAUCGCGACUUUAAGAUCUUCGUGGAAACCAAAUCCGGUGCGCGGCACAGCAUCCACCUGAUCGCGCCCACCAUCCAGGACAAGGAAGCGUGGAUCAGCGAUAUUUCGCAGUGCUUGGACAACAUCCACAUGCACUCGCUGCUGUCCCCCGGGAUCGGAGGGUCCUCCGGAGGAUCCAUCUUUGCAGGACACCAAGCAUUGCGAGCCGAUCCGCGCCUGUUCAAGGACGACGUGGACAUUCGGUUUUCGCGAACAUUGAACUCGUGCAAGCUGCCCCAGGUGCGGUAUGCGACACCGGAACGGCUACUCCAGCGACUUACAGAUCUGCGCUUCCUGUCGAUUGACUUUUUGAACACCUUCCUGCUGACCUACCGGGUGUUUACCGACGGGGAGACGGUGCUGCAAGCGCUCAAAAAUGUGUUCUACAACCCACCGCUGGAACCGGCCUGCGAGUGUGACCACCAGACGGACUUCCUGGAACUUCCCUACCAGGAUGGCCGUGCAUCGCCCCGGCGAACGUCCGGAGCCAGCUCGGUGUCAGGUUACUGCUCGGAGGGUGCCGACCGGGAUCGGUCGAUGAGUGGUGAUUCGGCGGGUUUGCGCUUCCGAGGGUCCCGACGGGGAUACGCUAGCCACCAGGGCUCGGAACAGGAAACCCUAUCUUGGAUACCCGAACAAGCUGGACCGGUUAUCAUCCACGGAGUUCACCAUCACGACACAGCGGUGGAAGAGAAACAGCAGCAGCAGCAGCAGCAGUCUCCGCCGAAGGUUGAUGGGGGUGGAGGAGGAAAUGGGGGCGGUGGAGGUGGGGGGUCAUUGCAGAGCAAGUCCCAACAUCAAAUACACGCGCAGCCCCAGGAUGACUCGUACCUGGCGAUACCGAAACCCAUGGCCGGGUCGAGCAGUUCGGACACGUUAACUGAAACAGCCAUGAGUGGCCCCUCGUCACCGUCGAACCUGAGCAGCGUCACGUUAGUUGGCUCAACCGGGUCCGGCGGCCAGGACAAGUCCGAAGAUCAAACACCAACUGAGGGCACAUUCCGGUACGGGAAGGCACCGUCCGGACCGCUGCCAGAACGUGUCAAUCCAAAGCAGCGGAAGGAACCGACGCCAACAAUUUGCACCACGGACAUGACCCAGCAGCAGCAGCAACAACAACAACAGCAGCAAAUUAAAGUACCUCAAACUCCGCCAACUGUAACUACAACUCCGUGCCACAGUCCUUCCAGUCCUGGCCAGCAGUUGGCCGCCAAAGAACAACAACAGCAGCCAACGGUGUGCCAAAAUGGUCACGACGGGCCAAAAAUCGUAACUCAGCCUUAUCUGCUGAGCACGACGACCACGACAACGGUCACGAUAACGACGACAACUACAACAACGCACACGGCUGCUUCUGGGACGGCGGUCACCAAGAGUAUCUCCCCUCCACAUCUUCUGCCGAUGGACCGGCGACCGAGUGUGGGACACAACAUUGCCAUCCCGCAUGCGGCCCUCUGCCAGCACCGGCACAGUCUGCAGCUGAACGGCGACGGGAGCUUCUACGGCAAGGGCAGUGAAAAGCAACAGCAGCAGCAACAACCACAAAUCAGCAGCCCCCGGCUGGCCACGCGAAAGUUCUCCGCCCCGAAAACGCCGGAACGCCAGCGGAAAAGCCUCUUCGGAACGCCCCAGCGAGAGCGCGACUCGUCGAGCACGCGUCGCUUCUCCGAGAGUGACGACGACAUGGCCACGUCGAUCUUCACGACGCCCCGCGGCUCCGUCGGCGGCGUCUCGCUCAGCACCCUGUCCUCGCGGGCCUCGAUGCAGCAUGACCACGUGCCGCACUGCUCCAGCAAGGUCGGCGUCGUAAUCACCUCGUACCGGCAGUCACAGCGCAGCAUGGGACCGGAUCCACUGUGGAGUAGCACCUCAACUGCAGCAGCGGCUUUCGCAAUCGCUACCUCAGCUUCCAGCAACCCAAGGGAUGAGCCCCCCGAAGUGGAAGCUAGGAACCGGAAAGAAUCUGUUGUCAGUUCGCCGGCCACGAUGCGCGUCCUGAACGUGCUGCGGCACUGGGUGUCCAAGCACUUCCAGGACUUUGAGCAGGAUGCAGCUUUGCGCUCGCAGACGAUAGCCUUCCUGGACGACAUCACCUGCAGUCCGAACCUAUUGCCAACCGAGCAUCGAGCUGCAUCCCAACUGCUGCGACUGCUGUGCCGCGACGACAUCGACAGCGGGAAGCACCACCUGGACAUGCUGCUGAGGCCACCGCAGACGCCAAGCAAGGAGAGCAUCGAGACGCUGUCCGCGCUGGAGAUCGCUGAGCAAAUGACGUACCUGGAUCACCAGAUCUUCCUGGCCAUACGGAGCGAGGAAUUCCUCGGUCAAGCGUGGAUGAAGUCGGACAAGAAGUCACGGGCAGAGCACAUCAUCUUGAUGACGAAACGCUUCAACGACGGUUCGAGGCUGGUCUGCUCCGAGAUUGUGUCGAGGAGCAACAUGGCGGCGCGGGUAGCCGCCAUUGAGAAGUGGACUGCCGUGGCAGACAUCUGCCGGUGUCUGCACAACUUCAACGGAGUGCUGCAGAUCUGUGCUGCCUUCACGAACGCGGCCAUCUAUCGCCUGAAGAAAACCUGGGACAAGGUUCCGAGAACGAUCAAAUCGACAAUCACAAAGCUGCAGGCCGUGGUCUGCUCGGACGGCCGGUUCCGGGUGAUGCGCGAAGCCCUGCACAGGUGUGACCCGCCCUGCAUCCCGUACCUGGGCAUGUACCUCACGGAUCUGUCCUUCAUCGAGGAGGGCACGCCGGACUUUACCCCGGACCGGUUGCUGAACUUUUCCAAAAUGCGAAUGAUUGCCCACGUGAUACGCGAGAUUCGCCACUUCCAACAGACGCCGUACAAGAUCGAUCACAUACCGAAAGUGACCUCCUACCUCCUGGACACUUCGUUGCUGCUGGACGACGACGAGCUGUACCAGAAGUCGCUGCAGAUCGAGCCGCGCAGCUCCCGGCUGAGCGCCCCCAACACGGCCAACGUCUGAGCCCUGCGUCACCUCCACCGGACUCGGGCCACCUCCCUCGAGACCGAUGGGGCCGGCAGCGGGCAGGACACGCUGUAGAGACGGGAAGAUCCGUGAUGAUGAAGAAGAAGAAGAGUGAUGUUUGAGAUUUUGAAAAAGUUGUGGCAAAAAAUGUUUGCUCACCUCUCUUUAUUUGAGGAAUGAGCGGUGGAAAGUGAGUAAAAGUGGUUUUAUUUUUCGAGUGCUGAUGAACUAUGAUGAUGUGGUGAGAAUAGUGUUCCGUGGAAGUUUCCUGUUGAAGCGGGCAGCAAGACGACAGAUUGAUCAAGCUGUUGUGUCCUUCACACCCGAUUCGUGCCAUGUUCGUCCUUCACCCGACACAGAUCCUCUCAGAUCGAACCAAUUAAAAGUUGUUCGUGGCGUGACCUGCGAUGAUCGAACUCUGCAGAGGCACAUUCGAUAGCGCCUUGUUCGAGGCCCCGUCCGUUCGAGGUUCGCUCGAACCAUCAACACCUGCCCGCUUGGCCCGGACUUGGCCCUCGGGAGCGGGAAAACUCUUGUUUUUCCACGCUUCAAAGCUGCAAAACUCGGGGGUCGGCAGCAUCCACGGGGCAACAUCAUCAUCCUCGCUGCAAGUCUGUGCCCAGAUAAAAGAAGCAUAAAUCAGUGCAAUCAAAGUUGAGUCGUUCCUGGACUGGAAUCGUGGCCAAUGUGGAGACGACGAGACUCUGGGGUGGAGAUAAUUACCUUUACAAAGUUCAAUCAGCGCGGACUUGAUGCCGAAGGUUCAGGCCAAAGUUUUAUCACAAUGUCAGCGUUUAGUGGCGUUUUUCUCGUGAUGAGCUGAAAGGAUUGGGAAAAGCCGUACCCACUGCUGGGUACAUAUCUGGGAGCUGAGGCUGCAUCAGAUCUGAUGCAAAGUUGGCCGUAACGGGAUGGAGUUUCAAACGAGAGAUCCGUUCCAUUGCAUAAACCGUCUAAUAUCACAAUAAAUAACAACGCUCUUAUCGCAGCAAUUUCUCGUCUCAAAUUUUUAUCAUCUUUUUAUGCAUAUUUUUAAAACAUCAUCUCACAAGUUAGGAUUACAGGCAUUUCAAACUAUUUCGAAAAAUAGUAUCGUUUUAACAAUCUUGCAAUGCAAAGUCUGUGCCCCGCGUGGCAGUUUAAAAGAUUUUCUCCUAAAAUUAACACUUUUGCCUUCUUCUUUGAACAGAUGAUAAUGUUAAUAAUACUCAGACAGUAUAAAAGUGAAAUAGUAAAAUUUGAUUGAUUAGAACUUUGCGAGAAAAAAGAUAAAAACAAACUUUAGAAUUGAAGGUUGAGUCGUGCAAAAGAGAUAAUUUGGGAUCUUACGAAAAAAUAAUUGUUUGGUGUCGAAAGAUGUGCGCGAAGGUUUGUUGAGGAGGCAUUUUGGAAAGCUGUUUUGCAUGAAUCAUUCUUCCAUAAACGAUUAUCCUGCUGGUAGUGUUAUAGAGAAAAAAUGGUAGUUUAUAGAACUGUGUUAUGCUGGCCAUAACUAAACAUAUACUUAUGAAUACUUGUACUAGUGUUAAGCAUAAAAUAUGUCGAAUAAACCUUCAUGGAUAUACAAUUUAAUCCCAAGUAAUUCUCAACAGAAAAGAGCUAAAUCUUUGCGGCGAAACAAAACCAAACUCUACAUACAUAUCUAAAAAUUGACUCAAUUUAUAUACCAGCAGUAAGCAAAAUCCAACACACACACACGGUAAUUGAAACUAAAUGUUAACUUCUUCGUUCGUUAUUUACCCGUUAAAUCAAGUGAAA